GAAGUGCAGAGGCCCACGGCCCAUACAGAAGCUGUGCUCCGACAUCUUUAAAAGGACGAUGCUGCUGCAUGUACCCGCGGCCCAGACUUUCUUUUGUGGCAUACCCAUGUCCCCGACAUCCGCAACGUCCCGGGAACAGGUCUCUGCGCGGAAGAUUGCGCAGCUUAUGGCAGCUGCCGAUGUUGAGGUAUUGCGAAGACAGCUACACCUGCUGAAGAAGAACCGUGGAUACUUGAGCUUCGCAGUACCAGAUGGUGCAUUGUUUGUACACACCUUUGAAGAGAUGUUUCGCAUGGCCCUCGAAAUCGGGUCGCACAACACUCUAACCAUCUGGUUGCUGCGGUGCAGCAAACCUGAAGAGCAAUGGCCUGCAUUUGCAGACAUCGUCAAGAUGAUUCGUUUUUUGCACCACCAGCUGGACCUCAUGGAGGAGCCAGCGGAAGACGAUUCGGUUGAACGGUAUAUGAUCGACUUCGACGAAGCACUGCAAAUCGUUCAGUAUCUCACUGCGGUGAUACAAGAUUUCGGACAAGGACGACCACCAAGUCCAAUGCCUCAAGGACUUGCGACACGUUUUCCGGCUGUGCGCCGUCGAGCUAGCACCUGAUCUCCGGUAUAACUGCAACAUCGCCGCACUAUACCGGCCUCCGUAUCUUUGUCUUCG